AUGCCGCCGCCCGUUGCGCUGAUGCGCGCGCGGUGCAGGGCAUGCUCGGACGUCAUCGUGGGCCCGUCGGUGGUGUGCGACAUCUGCCUCACCGACGUCCACAGCCAUUGCAUGCAGCCUUGGCAUGGGCAUGCAGUCUGCUUUGCCUGCUUCACCGACCGCGACAUCGCGCACGAUCGUCGGCAGGCAGCCUGGUCGAGCGGUCUCGCAGGACAGCUUGGCCGCACCGUGGCGUCUGGCGCACAGAUGGCUAGCCACGCAGUGGGGGCGACUAUCAGCACCGCCGCGACUGGAGUGCAGCGCCUUGCCAUCGGCGCUGCGCUCCCCGACCAGCUGCUGGCAGCAGCUGUUGAAAGCACUGGCAGGGCGGACGCGCCCGACAUGAGCCAGGACCAGCAGCGACCGCCAGCCGUUGCUAUGGACUUGCAUCUGGCGGAGCUGCGAGAGCUGCGCAUGGAGGUGCAGCGCCUCAGCCGCAGGAACGAGCAGCUGGAGGCAGAGCGGCGAGCGGCGGAGCAGAGGCCAGUGGACAGCCCUCUGCUGGUGGGCGAGUGGCGCCAGAGGGUGCUCCACCACCAUCGAUGCCUCGUGCGCCGCGCGCCGAGGCUACGAGCAGCGAGUACGGCGAGGCCGAGGAGGUGGCUCCGCCCGUCGCCGGUCUCGGGGAGCCCACGCCAGACGCCGACCAGGUCGUUGCAGCGUCGGCCGCGGACCAAGCAGCAGUCGCACCUGGCGGAGUUCAGGUGCCUGGCUUUGAGGCGGCAGCCGGCGCUUGCGGCAUGCCUCAGCCGCCGUUGCAGCCCGGUGGGCUGCCGCCCGGGCUGCCUCCGACCGGCCCUGGGCCCAAUGGAUGGCCGGGCGGGCCUCCAGGCGGACCGCCAGGAGGACGCGGAGGUGGUGGAGAUGGAGGAGGUUUUGGAGGACAUCCUGGAGGUGGAGGUGAUUUUGGGGGUGAUCCAGGGCGUGGCGCGUGGAUGCCUGCAGCUGGCGGCGGUGUUGGCGAAACUGAAGGACGGCGACGUGCCGAAGCUGGCGUUCGCCGCCGGCGUGAACAAGGCGCACGCCUUCGAGGAGUGGGUGCAGCGAGCUGCCAUGAGGAUCGGGGGGUGGCAUCCCCUCGUCGACUUGUUCUGGCAGCGGUCCGAACGCGCGGCGAGGGAGGCGUAUGAGUACUACCUCAGCCGCGGCCCACUCGAGCGCCCGCUCGUGAAGCCGAACACCGAGUGGCUCGGAGCCGAUCGCCAGAGCCUUAGCAUUGAGCUGCGGUUGCGCCCGCUGCUGUUGGACGCGGUCCCCGAGCAGGUGCAGAGAGGCGCGCUGGCCACCCGACAGACUUCGGUGACCGAGCGCCUCUUCAGCAUCAUGGUGGAGGCCGGGCCCGGCACCCUUCGCGACCGGAAGCUGGUGUUGAGGGAGGUGGAGCGGCGUGACAACAAGGCCGCUGCCCUGGCGUUUUGCUACCAGGAGCUGAACUCGUGGAAGUUCUCGCUCACUCGGUUGCAGCGUCUGGGAAUGGCCGCUCGGGACCCUGUCACGCAGCUGGCGACGUUGCGGGGCAUCGUGAAGGGCAUGGCCGAGGCCGACGCGAACUUCCAGUACAGGAUGUUCGCGUGGGAGAUGCAGCACGGCAUUUCGGGCGCCAGCCACUGUUCGCAGCAGCAGGUGGACGAGUUCUGGCGGCACCUCGCCGCCGAGGCUCGCGAGCUCUGCGACGCGCCCCAGGGGAAGGGCGUGAAGGCAUUGGCGGCCGCGUGGGAGGCGAAGGACGCCAAAGGCGGGGGCAAGCAGGGCAGGCCCGACGCUAAGGGCGGCAAGCCCGACGCCCGCGCCGAGGCGAAGGUGAGAGCGAAGGCGAAACCUGCUGACAAGGCAGCGACAGGAGGUAAGGAGGCGUGCUGGUUCUUCGACAGCAAAGCUGGCUGCAAGUUCGGCGUGACUUGCACUCGCCACCACAGGAAGCUCGAGGUGAGCGAGGGUAGGUGCUUCAACUGCGGGGCCGAGGACCAUGACAAGGCAGUGUGCCAACGGCCGAAGCCUCCUGCAGCCGCCGCCGCAGGAGGUGCGUCAGCAGCGUCGGCAAUCGCAGUUGCGCCCGCGACUGCGCCGACCGCCGAGGCGAUGCAGCAGGUGGUCAGGGACGCUGUGGCUGCGAGCCUCUACCCGAUUUCAGCCGCUGCCGCUGCUGCUGGCCGACGCCGACUGCUGGCUGACACCGGUGCCACGCAUGAGCUGCAGCACCUAUGGCCAAACCAGCAUCCGCCCGUGCCGUGCCAGCGCAUCGACCUCGCGCGCGCUACCGGCCAGCAGGCCGGCGUGCUGAUGGGGACGGACGAGGUGGCGCAUGUCCAUUCCCCAACGGAGUUGCAGGCCCUGUUCCCGAUCGGCGCCUACGUCGCCGAACUCGGCCUCGAUCUUCGGCGGGGUCGGGAUCGAGCCCGCGUGAUGCUGCCGGGCCAGGGCGCGAUCGAGCUGGAGCUCGAGGGCACCGCGGCGUACAUCUACGAGGACGACGCCCAGCGCCUCCGCACGAUGAGGCAGCAGCUGCGCGCGCGAGCCGGCGCUAAGAUGUUGGCGGCGCACUUCGACGUCGUCGUGGCCGCCGCGCAGCGCCUCAGCUUGGAGGAGCACAAGAGGCGUGGACAUCCGUCCUUCCGCCCCGACUGCUACGAAUGCCGCCUGGCGGCAGGGCGUGUGAGGGCGCACUGGAGGCUGGAUGCGCGGACUCGGCUGGGAGACCAGCUGUCCGCGGACAUAUCUGGCGAGAGACCCGGAGAGCAGUUGGAGCAGGCUGCCGCUGCGGCGGCUGAGCAGCCGCUGGCUGCAGACGACGCCUUGGCAGUGGUCACGCGGGCUUCAGCGCUGCCAGCGGUGGCGGCAGUGCCGGCAGACGGACUCGUCGAGAAGGAGGGAGUGCAGACGUGGUACUACGUCAUUCCCCUCGCCGGCAAGCACACGGUGGAGGUGCUGGCCGCCUUGCGCUUGAUGAUCGCGCAGGUGGAGCUUGAGUUCCAGGCGCGCGUGGUCUACCGUGUCCACGCUGACCAGGCGCGGGAGCUCUCGGGCCCGAAGGUGAGCGCAGCGCUUGCCACCCAGGGGAUCGUAGUCACAUCGACCCCAGGGCACGAGGCCGAUAACAACCCGCGCGCCGAGAGGGGCAUCGGCAUAAUCAAGCAGAGGGCCAGAGCCAUGCUGGCAGUGGGCGCGGCAGACCGCGAGCAGCUGUGGCCGGCAGCGGUCGUCCACGCAGCAGCUCUCCAACGGCGCGCGGCUCAGGGAAAGCCCAUUGGGUGUCCGAUUUGCGGGCAGCCCAUCACCUGCAGGAUCAAGCAGGUGCCGCAGUUUGCGUUCGCGCCUCGGGCCGUGCCGCGGCAAAUUUUCGGCAUCUGCGACUUCGUGUCCGGAGCGUCCCUGGUUGGCCACAAGGUCGCCCAGAACGGCGUCGAGAGGUGGGAGUUUGAGACCUCGUCAAGCUUCGUCGUCGACGCCGUGCCUGCUGCCGCUGCCGCCGCCGCCGGUUCGGAUUCGGACGGCACGCCCGAUUUCGUUGAGAUCAUCAAGGACAGCGGCAUGCAGCCAGUGUCAAUGACCGAGCUGCGGAAUGCUAUCGGCACCGAGCGUGAGGAAUGGAAGCAGGCCAUGGAGGUCGAGCUCGCUUCUUUCUCAGAGAAGCAAGUUUUCGAAGCCCUCACCGAGGGGGAGAAGCCGCAGGUGCGCGCCAAGGACGCGCUCCCUAUGAAGGGGGUCGCUGGCAUCAAGGCGCCGGCGGCGUCGGAUCCAGCACAGCGCCGGCGCAAGAAAUUCCGCGGGGUGGUCUGCGGGAACUUCCAGAAGCAAAUGCCGGGUGAGGUCGUCUUCACGAGCAACGUCGAGAUCCUCAGCGUCAAAGCCGCACUCGCGAUCGCGAGCUCGUGCGGCUGGGCUCUCAAGGCGCUGGACGUGUCAACGGCUUUCCUGAAUGCCCCCCUCCCCGAGGAGGCCGGAGAGGUCUUGGUGCGCCCGCCAGGGAUCCUGUCUUCGCACGGGCUCGUCGGGCGCGACGAGAUCUGGAGGGCCAAGAAGGGCAUCUACGGCCUCCGCAUCGCCCCCAGAGUCUGGGGCCUGAAGCGGGACAGGCAGAUGCGGGCUAUGAGGUUCGAGGUCAAUGGCACGAGGUGCCGAUUGAUUCAGUCGCGCUGCGACGCCCCUGUCUGGAGCGCAGUGGAGGACGUGCCGACGAAGACCGAGAGCGAACAGAAAUCGCUUGGCUUGGUGCUGGUUUACGUCGACGACUUCUUGAUCUCUGGCUCGCCCGAGACGAUCACAACAGUGGAGGAAGUGAUGAUGGCGACCUGGACGUGCUCGGUCAAAUUUCUCAUUGACCGCGCGCAUCCCGGCACGAUCAGGUACCUCGGGCUAGAGGUGGAAGCGAGGGCCAACAGGGCGUUCGUGGCCCAUCAGGCCGCCUACCUGGAGGAUGUCCUGGCCAGGUGGCAGAUGACGAACGCCAAUGCGUGUGGCACCAUCUCCAUCGAGCCGCUGGGGGAGGAGCUGGGCGCGGAGCCCGAGCUCGGUGACGCGCGCCUCGCCCAGAAGCUGGGCGGCGGGCUGCUGUGGCUGUCGGGGCGCACCCGCCCCGACAUCGCCUUCGCAGCGGUGCGCGGCGACGGGAACGAGAUCGAGCUGCACGUCUUCGCCCACGCCAACUUCGAAGCCGAAUACUCCCAGACCGGCGUCGGGGUGUACCUGGGGGAGUGCCUCAUCGACUGGCGAUCCGUCAAACAGGCGCAGGUGGCGAGAUCUACGGCGGAGGCUGAAAUUACGGCCCUGGCGAUGGGCUUGGUCAUGCUGGAGGGCGCGGAGGCAAGCCUCGCGAGCAUCAUGGUGCAGGUGCCGCUCCCCAGGAUGUGGGGCGACAACGUUGCGUCGCUGUGCUUGGCCCGGGGCCAGGGCAGCUGGAGGACACGCGCCCUCACCAACAGGGCGUCGGCCCUCCGCAGCAGGGUGGAGAGCGAGACCCUCUUGCUCGACCACGUCGGGUCGAACGAGCAGCGGGCAGAUGGUCUCACGAAGGUCUUCUCGGUGCCCGCCAUGGCUUGGAUCAGCGACCACUUCGGCCUCCGGGCUGUGUAA